CAGUUCAUUUUUGUUAGCAAACGCGCAAAUAGUCGACUUCCCCAUAGUUUAUUGUAAUGAAUCAUUUUGCAAAAUCAGUGGCUACAAUAGAGCUGAGGUGAUGCAAAAAUCAUGCCGAUGCGGUUUUAUGUACGGAGAGCUAACGGAGAAGGAAACUGUUUCAAGGAUUGAAUAUGCCUUAGAAAAUCAACAGCUAGAUCAAUUUGAAAUUUUACUUUACAAGAAAAACAAAACACCAUUAUGGCUUUUACUACAAAUUGCACCGAUUAAGAAUGAAAGAGAUGUAGUUGUUCUUUUUUUGUUGACUUUUCGUGAUAUUACGGCUCUCAAACAACCCAUUGAUAGCGAAGAUAACAAAGGCGUUUUGGGACUCUCCAAAUUUGCUAAGCUUGCACGAUCCGUUACGAGAAGUCGACAAUUUAGUGCACAUCUUCCAACACUCAAGGAUCCUGGAAAGCAAUCUAAUUUAGGGCAUAUGAUGUCUUUAAGCGCAGAUGUCAUGCCUCAAUAUAGACAAGAAGCACCAAAAACUCCUCCUCACAUAUUAUUACACUAUUGUGCAUUUAAAGCAAUCUGGGAUUGGGUGAUACUGUGUUUAACAUUUUACACAGCCAUCAUGGUACCAUACAAUGUAGCCUUUAAAAAUAAAACGUCUGAAGAUGUUUUCUUGUUAGUAGUAGAUUCUAUUGUGGAUGUUAUAUUUUUCAUUGAUAUUGUUUUAAAUUUUCAUACAACAUUUGUUGGGCCGGGCGGGGAAGUCGUAAGUGAUCCAAAAGUGAUUCGUAUGAACUAUUUAAAGUCGUGGUUUAUCAUCGAUCUUCUGAGUUGUCUGCCGUACGAUGUUUUCAAUGCAUUUGACCAUGAUGAUGAUGGAAUCGGAUCACUGUUCAGUGCUCUCAAAGUAGUCCGUCUCUUACGGUUGGGCAGAGUUGUCAGGAAAUUAGACAGAUAUUUGGAAUAUGGAGCUGCUAUGUUAAUACUGUUAUUAUGUUUCUACAUGCUUGUUGCACAUUGGUUAGCGUGCAUUUGGUAUUCGAUAGGAAGAAGUGAUGCCGACAAUGGGAUACAAAUUAGUUGGUUGUGGAAACUGGCCAAUGUCACUCAAAAUCCAUAUUCAUAUGUAUGGUCUAACGAGUCUAAAGCUGUUGAGCUAGUCAAUGGGCCGGAUAGAAAAACCAUGUAUGUCUCUGCACUGUAUUUUACCAUGACGUGUAUGACAUCGGUUGGAUUUGGAAACGUUGCGGCAGAAACUGAUAACGAACGAAUAUUUACUAUACUUAUGAUGGUGAUCGCUGCACUCUUGUAUGCCACUAUUUUUGGUCAUGUUACGACAAUUAUACAGCAAAUGACUUCUGCCACUGCAAAAUAUCACGAUAUGCUGAACAAUGUUCGAGAAUUCAUGAAGCUACAUGAAGUUCCAAAAGCUCUAAGUGAGCGAGUUAUGGAUUAUGUUGUUUCUACUUGGGCAAUGACUAAAGGUUUAGAUACCGAUAAAGUGCUUAAUUACUGCCCGAAAGAUAUGAAAGCUGAUAUUUGUGUACAUUUAAACAGAAAGGUAUUUAACGAACAUCCAGCAUUUAGACUAGCAUCUGAUGGAUGUCUACGAGCUCUGGCUAUGCAUUUUUGCAUGUCACAUUCCGCCCCAGGUGAUCUAUUAUACCAUACUGGAGAAAGCAUUGACAGUCUUUGUUUCAUCGUAACUGGUAGUUUAGAAGUCAUUCAAGACGAUGAAGUUGUUGCUAUUUUGGGAAAAGGAGAUGUAUUUGGUGACUCGUUUUGGAAAGACUCAGCAGUUGGGCAGAGUGCUGCAAAUGUUAGAGCUUUAACAUACUGUGACUUGCAUGCAAUCAAAAGAGAUAAACUGUUGGAAGUAUUAGACUUUUAUCAAGCUUUUGCAAAUAGUUUUGCUAGAAAUCUAGUUCUAACUUACAACCUGAGGCAUCGACUAAUAUUUAGAAAAGUGGCUGAUGUUAAACGAGAAAAGGAACUAGCAGAACGGAGAAAAAACGAACCUCAAUUAGGAUCAAGUCAAGAUCAUCUUGUUAGAAAAAUAUUUUCCAAAUUUCGGCGUGCACAGCAGCCGGCGUCUGGUACCAAAGAGUGUAGCUCUGCGCAAAGUGAUGUUGAGAAAGGGGAAUCUGAAAGUGAAAAAACUAAGCUACCCGCAAAGCUUACGCUAACGGAUGAUAAUCGGGCUUUAUCAUCAAUUGCGUCACCAUCCCCAUCUCCAUCUCCUUCAUCUGGACCGCCAUCUGCUAAGCCACGAGGAGCCAGUAAGUGGGGUCGUCUAUUAGGAAGUGCAAGUGUUGAUUCGGCAAGUGACACUAGUACAAAAAUGGCUGUAUCUCGAAGUCUUAGCGCAAGAGAAAGUUUACGUGAAAGUGCACAAGCUGGAAAUAAGGUUUUCCCUAAGACAAGUAAAUUUUCUCCCGUACCUGCACAGCAAUUAUCUCGUCAAGAUCCGAUAGACGAAGGAGGAGAAGUUGAUUCCAUAUCAUUGCGAAAAGAUUCCCGCGUCUCUGUAGAAAAGCAACCAUCAGAACGUGAUAGACUUCUAGAUCCAAGCACGGCAAACCGCGAAAAAGAACGAGAGAAGGAACGUUUCGAAAGAAAUCUCGCUUUAGAACGUGAACGUCAAAUUGAAAUGGCUAGUUCAAGAUCAACAACAUCAGAGAAAUAUGACACGGGAUUAAGAGAAGAGCCUGCUAUACUGGCUCAAAGGGAUUUAAUAUCCACUGUUUUAGAUAUGAAGGUUGAUGUUCGGUUAGAAAUGCAACGUUUAAAUCAGAGAGUCGGAAGAAUAGAGGAACUCCUUAAUGAGCUUCUAAGUAGAUUGUCUAUAGAGUCUUCAGAGCAAAACACUCCGGGAAAUGAACAAGUUCCAACUACGACGUCUUCCACUGUGGCUCUAACAGUCCCUUCAACCAGUACGGCAGCGGGUGGAAAUGGAUUAGGACCAAUUCUGUUGAGAAAACGUCGGUCUAAAGCUCGAAAAGCGCCCAUGCCACCCACAACAAGUCCAGAGCAAACACAUUUAUUGGAGGGAGAGGACUCACAAGCAACCCACAGCAGUGAACCAAAGGCGCAUAAGCGAGAUUUUCUUUAGCCUUCUUAAGUUAAACACCAAGAUUAUUUUGAAAUGCUUGUAAAACUUUUGAGCAAUACCUUUUUUAUUUUCUUUAAUUGACA